AUGGAGGCCGUCCGCCGCCACCUCCUUCUGCCUUCACCCCCGCCGCUUCGCCCUAAUCCGUUAAGCAGUCUCACGGAGGUGGAGCCCAGCCCGGUGAUCAUCGGCGGGAUGGUGCUGGAUAUCCAUGCCAAGCCUUCCGUGCCGCCCCAUCCUGGCACCACUGUCCCUGGAAUGGUUAAAUACAUCAGUGGAGGUGUAGCAAGAAAUAUUGCUGAGUGCAUGUCAAAGCUUGGGACACAACCCUUCAUGAUAAGUGUUGUUGGAAAUGAUAUGGCAGGUAUCAUGCAGUUUCUUUUUGAGGGAUUGGCUGAUGAUGUUGCAACCCCAGUAGUAUCAAAUGUAUUUGAUGGUAGUGGAGAAUUAAUCGCUGGAGUUGCAAGUGUUGAAACAGUUGAAAAUUUUAUUACUCCGAGCUGGAUAUAUCGCUUCCGUCAUCAUAUCACUAAUGCACCACUUGUAAUGCUUGAUGCGAAUUUAUCUCCUGAGUCACUUAAAGCAGCUUGCAUAAGUCAUGAUUGA